UCAAAGCAACCAGAUUGCAACGACAGACUCCUGCCACCCUGGUGGCCUCUUCCACCUGCAAGGGACUGACUUACCCAGGAGGUAGCAGUAACAGAGCAGAGAUGAAGACGAAACCUUUGAAGAGGGCAUUGGUGACAUUUCUCUUGCUGGCCCUGGCAGCUGUCACACUGGCCCAGAACUCCUGUACUGGGCAUGCUGCCAUCCCGGGGACUCCUGGAAUACCAGGGGUGGCUGGCCCCAAUGGCAAGGAUGGCAGCCCUGGGAUCAAAGGAGAGAAAGGGCUGCCUGGAGACUCGGGAGAUUCAGGAGAAAUUGGGGAGAAGGGAGAUUCUGGAAGUCCUGGAAACCCAGGGAAAGUUGGUCCCAAGGGUCCUGCUGGCCCCAAAGGCCUCCCUGGGCCAGUGGGUCCCCCUGGACCUCCCGGGGAAUCUGGAGACUAUGGUAACAUGGCUAAAUCGGCCUUCUCUGCUUCCCGGACCAUCAAUUCUCAGCUACGAAAGGACCAACCCAUCCGCUUUGACCGUCUGAUCACCAGGGAAGGCAGUGACUACGAGCCCCGUAGUGGGAAGUUUAGUUGCCGGGUCCCGGGCCUCUACUACUUCACCUACCACGCCAGCUCCCGGGGCAAUCUUUGUGUCACACUCUUCAAGACAAGGCGAGGGGAAGCUAAGGAGAAAGUGGUCACCUUCUGUGACUAUGUCUACAACACCUUCCAGGUCACCACAGGUGGGGUGGUCCUCAAGCUGGCGGCGGGCGAUUCAGUCUGGCUGGAGGCCAAUGAUAAAAAUUCCAUAGUGGGACUGGAUGGAGCCAAUAGCAUUUUCUCUGGGUUCCUGCUCUUCCCUGAUGCAUAAACUGGCAAUUCUAAUCCUAUCUGUCUCCAUUUCCCCUCUUAUUGCGUCCUACCCCCUGCAAUUUGAUAAUGUGUAAAAAUAAAGAAUUUUUGAACUACAAA